GUCUCCUCGUUAUAGAUGGACCCAUCAUCCUUUCUAGAUGCUCGUCCGUAAUGGGAGGGACAAAAAAAGGAACCGCCGUAUAUGGAAUAGAGGCGCCUGUGAUUCCCCGAGAUAUCCAUUCAAAAGCCUUGUCAACCACCGGUGAAAUCGAGUAGCCACUUAAGGCUCGCUAGGAAGGGAGGGGAGACACUCUCACAAUCAAAGCUCUAAAACAGCAGAGAGGGAGAAGGAGAGAGAAAGGAGAGAAAGAGAAAGGGCAACAGAGAAACGAUUUGCCUGAUCUUGCAACUUUGGAGUCCAUCAUCACAAUUUAAUAAGAAUUUGAAAAGCCACAGUGCUGCAACAAAUCUGUCUUCUUUAGGCAGUGUCUGCAAGUAAGAACCAGCAGACUUAACCACUAGAUGUCCAGGCGCCUUUUAGUACCAAGACACUGAAGCUGUGCUCUGCAAGCAAAAGGCCAAAGCUAAACCAGGUCCGUUUUAGGACCAGUUUUGCUUUUUUGAGUUUACAGAAAACACUUUUUGCUGUGUUUCGAACAAGGUCGUAUUUUCCUCUGUAGUCCAGUGGGAUUGUAGUAUCUUAUCCUGAAGAUGAAAUCAAGUUUGCCACAACCCACUUACUUUGCAGGAGCUUUCCCCUGUGAACUAAAUGGACACACAAGCUGAAAGAGACAAAAGUUUGACAAACCGAUCUGGCCGUUAAAACCUGCAGCUCGGAUGAUCAGUUUGGAAAUACCUUUCCUGUUCCUCUUGCUUCGAAAAGGUUUGGAGAAGCUAACUCAGGGUCCGACACCCCUCUCUAAGCUCACCCAUUUGCUCUGGUAAAAAAAAACUGCAGUCCCCAAAACAAAGAUGGCCGCCGGAGUGGCAACAUGGCUGCCAUUUGCCAGGGCGGCUGCUGUUGGCUGGCUUCCUCUGGCCAAGAAGACCAUGCCCAAGCCGCCUGUGGACAAGAAAAGCCGCAACGAUGAGAUCCUGAUUGUCAACGUGAGUGGGCUCCGCUUCCAGACUUGGAAGAAUACCCUGGACCGUUACCCUGACACCUUGCUGGGAAGCUCGGAAAAGGAGUUCUUCUACAAUGAGGACACUCAGGAAUACUUCUUUGACAGGGAUCCAGAGAUGUUCCGUCAUAUCUUGAACUUCUACCGCACAGGCAAGCUGCAUUACCCGAGGCAAGAGUGCAUACAGGCCUUUGAUGAGGAGUUGGCCUUCUAUGGCAUCGUGCCAGACAUCAUCGGGGACUGCUGCAUGGAAGAGUACCGCGAUCGCAAGAAGGAGAACCAGGAGCGGCUGUCCGAAGACACGGAGGCAGAGAUGGCCACAGACACUCCGUUGCCCCCAAACAGCACACCCCGGGAGCGCCUUUGGCGGGCUUUCGAGAAUCCUCACACUAGCACCAUGGCGCUGGUCUUCUACUAUGUCACGGGAUUUUUCAUUGCAGUCUCGGUCAUUGCCAAUGUGGUGGAGACGGUGCCAUGCCGGCCACUCAAGGGCAGCGUCAAGGACUUGCCUUGUGGAGAGAAGUAUUCAGUGGCCUUUUUCUGUCUGGACACGGCUUGUGUCCUGAUCUUCACCUUCGAGUACCUGAUGAGGCUCUUUGCGGCGCCCAACCGCUGCAAGUUCAUGCGCUCGGUCAUGAGCGUCAUCGACGUGGUGGCCAUCAUGCCCUACUACAUUGGCCUGGUCAUGCCCGAGAACGAGGACGUGAGUGGUGCCUUUGUCACACUCCGGGUCUUCCGCGUCUUCCGAAUCUUCAAGUUCUCUCGACAUUCGCAGGGCCUGCGAAUCCUGGGCUACACAUUGAAAAGCUGCGCCUCCGAGCUUGGCUUCCUCCUCUUCUCCCUCACCAUGGCCAUCAUCAUCUUCGCCACCGUCAUGUUCUACGCUGAGAAAGGCACCAAGGGAACCAACUUCACCAGCAUCCCUGCCGCCUUCUGGUACACCAUCGUCACCAUGACAACGCUGGGGUACGGAGACAUGGUUCCUAACACUAUCGCUGGGAAGAUCUUCGGCUCCAUCUGCUCUCUGAGCGGCGUGCUGGUGAUAGCUCUGCCCGUUCCCGUCAUAGUGUCCAACUUCAGCCGCAUCUACCACCAGAACCAGAGAGCAGACAAGAUGCGCGCGCAGCAGAAAGUACGUCUUGCUCGGAUUCGCUUGGCUAAGAAAGGGACCACCAAUGCAUUCCUCCGGUACAAAGAAGAGGGAGGCCUGCAGGAUCACGACAGUGACAGCGCUGCUCUGUGUCUGAAGAACAGGUCGUCCUUCGAACACCAACACCACCAUCUGUUACACUGCCUGGAGAAGACCACGAACCAUGAGUUCACAGACGAGCUGACCUACAGCGAGAUGUGCAUGACCGAGUCGGUGGGCUACCGCACCAGCCGCAGCACUUCCCUAUCCAGCCAGCAGGGGGUGUCCUCAUCCUGCUGUCCGCGCAGGGCGAAGAGGAGAGCCAUCAGACUGGCCAACUCAACUGUGUCGGUCAGCCGUGGCAGCGUUCAGGAGCUGGACACACUGCAGGUGCAGAAAAGCUCGACUGGCCACCAGAGCCGCUCCAGCCUGAACGCCAGGACGGAGGACCUCAAGUUAAACUGUGAGCAGCGAGAUUACACAGCGGCCAUUAUCAGCAUCCCCACACCUCCCGCCAACACGCCGGACGAGAGCCUGCCGCCAUCGCCCGCCGUGCCGGGCAUCCUGCGCAACUCCCGCAGCACCUCCUCUUACACCCAGGAGGCCGUCAAGAUCUCCUCCUUAUAACCCCCCUCUCCAAGCACACGGGCUUACCCCCACCGCACAAAGAGGAAGGAGGGGGCUUCUCCUGCCAGACGUCCAGAUACACCGCCCUCCCAAAAGAAAACAACAAACAACAAAGCAACAUCCUCCGAAAAAAGCACCCGGCAACGUCUUCAUCCAGACCCAGAGCUACCCCAACAAAGCAGAGCAGCGGCAGACGAGGUGGGAAAGAACAGAGCCGAAACCAACAGGGACUCUUCUGUCGGGAGUUUACUGGACUACGAUUCUUUCGCAGACCUUCACUGUUGACUCUGGACGAGAAAGGGUAAACGAAAGAAAGAGAAUUUCACUUUUUUUUUGGUUCGGAAAUUGGACGCCAUGGUCAGUCACACUGUAUUGUUAGAUAUGCCCUUACACAGUCAUGGUGGCACUGAAGGCCUUUUACUUUACCAGAUAUGCAAACAGGAAUCAAUGCCUAUAUGUUUAGUAUGUGUACAACUGCAGGGAGAGAUUAUAAAGAGUACGAACACAAACAUUAUAUUCCUAUAUAGAGACAUCUUUACGGAGAGACGUGCGAAUACUGUAUUCUGCAAUAGGUUUGCGAAAAUCUAUGGAAACUACAGUUGAGAUUCAGCAGGGCAGUAUAUAUGUAUCAUAAUUUGUAUCAUACUUCACAUGCAUCUUCCAACCUUACCAAAACAACAACAACAACAAAAAAAGAGAGGGAGCAAGACAGAGUGAGUUGUUGGACCCACCCUACUCAGACAUGCAUGUCGUUGUACAGUAGAUUGCAGAGAAUGGAGCAGCUAAAGACGCUACCCCACCUAUUUUUGCAUGGUGAUUUUUUUCCCUCUGUUUUCUUUGGAUCUGUUUUCUUUUAUUUCCUGACAUCAGUGAAAAAAAAAAGAACAUUUAUAGAAUACUACUGAUCAAAACCGCUGCACCAAAAGUGCACAAUAACAAAUAAAAAAAGAAAGAAAAAUAAUAAUAAUAAUAAUAAUAAUAAAAAAAAACAAAAAAAAAACAUUCAGGCAUGUUCUUUGCGGAAAACUUUCAGCCCGAGUGUAUGACUCCAGGUGCGUGAGAGUGAGGUUGGUGGAUAGGACUUGUGUACAUUGAUCACAAAUAUGCAUGGAUACCGUUGUAGGUAUGUUUCUUUUUUUUAAAAAAACGUGUUUGCUCCUUUGGGACGUAAAUAGCAGCCGAGAGAUUUUACAGCAUCUUACUGUAUGUCAUGAUGAACGGAGGUGGAUUAAAGGACUGACCACGGUCAUUCGGUUCACCCAAACUCAUAACUGGGAUUUAUUUAAGUCCGUUCGGUUGGCCUUGUCUCAUUUUCUCAUGGUUGUGCAUCAGUGCUGCCAGACUAUUUUCCAUUUUAGUUUGUCUCAGAGUUCAUGUAACCGCUAAUUAUUCGCACACAACAGCAAUGAAACUGGCAAUAAAAAUGUCAUUAUUUUAGUAAAAGCAAACUGUUUCAUUUUCCAUGAAAACGACAUGAACUUGCACUUGACUGUGAUGAAGAAAUGUAUUUUGCGACUCUGUUUACAGGCAUUGUUCCACGGUUAUGUUUAUCUUUGUUUGUUUGUUUGAUUGUUUGUUUGUUCAUUCUUUUCCAUCCUGUUGUAUUUGGGGACGGGCUUGGAGCUGGUCGGACACCUGCCUUUGUUUCAGCAUACAGAGACUGUAUGGACGGCGCGCAGUAGGAGGAUGAAUGAGAGUCAGAUAUGAAAAGCACAGAGGUGUAUAGUCUAUUCCACAAAUAAAGUGAACAGAACUCA